GCAGCUACGCAGGAGAGAGGCGCAGAAGCCGAAUGGUGGAGCUGAAGAUGGCGGAUGGCGACAGCGGGAGUGAGCGCGGCGGCAGCAGCGGGGGAGGAGGAGGAGGAGGAGGAGGCGGCGGCUUCCAGCACUACCAGCGGGACCAGGAGACCCAGGAGCUGGCGUCCAAGCGCCUCGACAUCCAGAACAAGCGCUUCUACCUGGACGUCAAGCAGAACAGCAAGGGCCGGUUCAUCAAGAUCGCCGAGGUCGGGGCCGGAGGCUCCAAGAGCCGCCUGACGCUCUCCCUCUCGGUGGCGGCCGAGUUCCGCGACUACCUCGGGGACUUCAUCGAGCACUACGCCCAGCUCGGGCCUAGCAGCCCGGAGCAGAUCGCCCAGGCCACCGCGGGGGAGGACGGCGGGCCGCGGCGGGCUCUCAAGAGCGAGUUCCUCGUGCGGGAGAACCGCAAGUACUACCUGGACCUGAAGGAGAACCAGCGGGGGAGGUUCCUCCGCAUCCGGCAGACCGUCAACCGCGGACCGGGCUUCGGCGCGGGGGGCCCCGCGGGCGGCAUGCUGUCCGGCCAGACCAUCGCGCUGCCGGCCCAGGGGCUCAUCGAGUUCCGGGACGCGCUGGCUAAGCUCAUAGACGACUACGGCGGGGACGACGAGGAGCUGGCCGGCGGGGCGGCCGGCGCCCGCGGCUGCAGCGAGCUCCCCGAGGGCACCUCCAUCAUGGUGGACUCCAAGCGCUUCUUCUUCGACGUGGGCUCCAACAAAUACGGCGUGUUCCUGCGGGUGAGCGAGGUGAAGCCCAGCUACCGGAACUCUAUCACCGUCCCGUUCAAGGCCUGGGGCAAGUUCGGGGGGGCCUUCAGCCGCUACGCGGAGGAGAUGAAGGAGAUCCAGGAGCGGCAGCGGGACAAGGGGUACGAGAGGCGGGACGAGUCCGAGGGGGACGACGCGGACGACGACUGACGAGUCCGGGCUGGAAGUCCGACACCUGCGUAGCAGCUGCUAAAGAACCGCGGCGUCUAAACAAGAAGAAGAAGCGUCUCCUGCUGGAGCUUGGAGUGAUAUCUGAAAGGGGGGAGAGUUGCUUAUUGUAAAAAAUAAUAAUAAUAAUAAUAAUGAUGAUGAUGAUGAUGGGAGAGAGAACCUACUAAAACCAGCAGAUUUGGUUUUUAUAACUUAGAAACGAAGCCAAUGAAUACUUGUUUUCCCUCAUUUGCAGCAUAGUUUAUAUUUAAAAGGAGGUUUUAAGAUGUUUUUUUCUGGCUUCAGGAGAAAGGAGAUGAAACUGCAGCAUCCAUUUGUUGCGGUUCCGGUCCAGGUCUCCUCGUGGGCAGAUCGUGGGGCUUAUUGUGUUUUAUUACGUUUCCUUUUAUUUUGAAGGUUAAGAAUGAAACGUGGAAGCUCCUGUGGAUGUUUUGAUGCAUGUGGGUCGUGUUGCUGUUAAUCAAGAAGAUCCCCCCCCAAACAUGAGAGGAGACGUUACUGAGAGGAUUGUCUUUUUUUAAAGGGGGGGUGCAGACGGGUUUUAUGACAUGCGUUCUUGGCCGGGAUGUUCCACUGAAGCACCGGAGCAUCCCUGGUGUUGGGGAUCCAACAUGUGGGUGGAGGACUGUCUUUGGGCCACCCGGGACACCAUCCAGACCCCCCCCCCCCCCAUGCAGAACUGCUCCCUGUGCCACGACAAGGGUCCAAAUAUCCGGAGCUUCUCAGACCUUCAACUCUUCCAGACUGCGUCAGCUGGAGGAGGGGGGGGGGUGUUUUUUCCCAUGAGCCUCUCUGUCACGCUCAGAGGACAGACAGCCGUCUCCACCAGUUCUUUACUUUUGACGCGUGACGACCCGGCACAGAAACACACGAUGUUUCUGUUAUUUGUUUUCAGAAAGAGAACUAUAUUAAAAACAUGAGAUUCUACUUGGGAAAAAAUAAAAAAAUAUAACCGAGCAAACCAGCAGAAGAUAUUUUGAAAUACGUAUAAAGGAAAAUGUAUUGUGUAAAGGAAAUUCCAGUCUAAACAUAAUGACAAUAAAAAGGUUAAUUUCUUUAAACAAA